AAAUGCCUGAAAGACGAAAUUGGACACUUUCAAGAAAUAUAAUUCAUAAUGAACACAUUACAAAAGCAUCGAUUAAGUGUAUCUUUAUCAAAAUCUAGAGCGUAUUAUUUUAAAUAUUUACAAUAUAUAUAUUCUACCCACCCAGAAAAUGGCUGUCCUUGCAUCAUCUUUAUCAUUGCUGUUAAUGGUCUACUACAAUUAAUACAUAGAAAUUUGUGGCGCGAAUACUUCAAGAUUUACCCACUGCCAUAUAGAGGUAUAUUCGCAUGCGAAGCCUAAUUAGCCAUAUAAAUAAGAAGAAAGAUCAGAAUCUUUUACACUUAUCGUCAACCCCAAGAUUACAACCGGUAUCGAGAUGUAUCGAACGAAUCAAAAUGGCCAGCCGCAGAGAGGAGACACGGACAGACUUCGCCAAAAUUGUCACAAUCAAGGAAGACAGACUGGCUCUAUGAAUCAAAUUCCAAUGACAAUUUCGGAGCAAUUUAGACAAUCAUGGCUCACAGCUAUAAUUGGAUCCAUCAUGUUUGCAACUGGAAUGUGUCUGCUAUUUUGGAAUGAGGGAAGAGCUGUGAAAGUGGCACAUUCUUUAGACGAGGCUUUACGCAAUGUUGCUGUACUUCCUAAUCCAAUGGUACUGUCACCUGGGCAUGAAGGCCGCUUGGUACAUCUAUCCGGACCUUUGGUAGUUUUUGAACCAUUAACCGAGCCAGAUUAUGGAAUUGUUAUAUCCAGCGUAAAGUUAAAAAGAAGAGUUCAGAUGUAUCAGUGGAUUGAAAUCGAGGAAGAACGAAGUUUUGGUGGGAUAACGGAGGAUGAAAAGCACUACUAUUAUACAACAGAAUGGAAGGACAAACUUAUAGAUUCUGAUCAUUUUUAUAUUCGCACCAACCAUCAUAAUCCAAAGGAAAUGCCAAUCAAGAGUCAAAUACAGAUCGCGGACGAAGUAAAGAUCGGCGCCUUUACGCUCAGCAUGGAAUUGAAAAAAAAAUUUAAUGAUUUUGUGGAGAUUACCAGUGAUGAAAGACCAGAACGAAAGGAUAUUAAGAUGCACUCUGGGCUGUAUUAUCAUAGCGCAGAUUUAUGGAAUCCACAAGUGGGUGAUAUCAGAAUACAAUUCUCUUACGCAGGAAAGAGCGGUGACAUUUAUUCAGUAGUUGGCUUGCUAGAGAAAGAUACUAUCAAGCCAUAUUAUACAUCUCAUGGUGAAGAAAUUUUGCUUCAACGAAAACAUAAAAUGUCAGUGGAUCAGAUGUUCCAUUUAGAACAUGUGAACAAUUACUGGCGAACCUGGAUCAUUAGAGGACUUGGCUGGUUGGUUCUGUUUGUAGCAGCAACAUGUUUAGCAAAUAUACUAAAAACCAUUAUAUUAAAUUCGACCUUCCUUUGUGGAAUAAUAGCAGUCGAGUCUCUAACUAUGUCAGUUUCCAUGUCUAUCAGUUUGCUGGUGAUUGGCUUCGCUUGGGUAUGGUAUCGACCGUUAAUCGGUCUCUGUUUAGCAUUAGCAUCUGUUCUGCCAUUUAUUUAUUCGAUAGUGACGUCAGGAUCUUCGGCUCAGCAACAUGAUAAUUAUAGAAGGUUAUAA